GUCUGCUGACAAACCCCCACUGUUCCCCUCCUCUCUGCUCCCCCUGUCCCCGUCCCUGAAACCCCUCUCCCCUCUCGCCACAGUCCUCACCCCCCCCUAGCCCCCAUCCUAGGCAACAUGUCCAUCGCCCUGAAGCAGGUCUUCAACAAGGACAAGACCUUCCGGCCAAAGCGUAAAUUUGAGCCGGGGACGCAGCGUUUCGAGCUGCAUAAGAAGGCCCAGGCGUCGCUGAGCUCCGGGGUUGACCUGAGGGCGGCGGUUGCUCUGCCCCAUGGGGAGGAUCUGAACGACUGGGUGGCCGUUCACGUGGUCGACUUCUUCAACCGGAUCAACCUCAUCUACGGGACGGUGUGUGAGUUCUGCACAGAGAAGAGUUGUCCGGUGAUGUCCGGGGGGCCGAGGUAUGAGUACCGAUGGCAGGACGAUCACAAGUACAAGAAACCCACGGCUCUACCGGCUCCCAAGUACAUGAACCUGCUGAUGGACUGGAUCGAGGUCCAGAUCAACAAUGAGGAUAUCUUCCCCACCAGUAUAGGUAUCCCCUUCCCCAAGAACUUCAUCCAGAUCUGUAAGAAGAUCAUCUGCCGUCUGUUCCGGGUGUUUGUUCACGUCUACAUCCACCAUUUUGACCGUAUGAUGCUGAUGGGAGCUGAGGCCCACGUUAACACCUGCUACAAGCACUUCUACUACUUUAGCACAGAACUCAACCUCAUAGACCGCAAGGAGCUGGAGCCACUGAAAGAGAUGACGUCUGGGAUGUGUCACUGAGGUGCUGCAGAACGACUGGAGCAGCUAUGAUCAGUUUCUGGGUCACCUCACCCUGCUGGCAUGGCAGGAGGUUACCAUGGAGAUACAGAGGGGUACACAGUUGACUCUGAAGCUUGAUGACAUCAUCAGCGUGAUUCAACUAGCUAGAUGUAAUCACUGUCAUUCUGAUAGCCAGAGAAGAACCUGUUACCUACAGAUAUACCUGGCU